CAACGUUUCAUUUCAAAUCCUGUCAGCCAGAGCUUUGGGUAUUUUAUUUUGGAAGCCAUUAGCCAAAAUUUGUAAAUUUUUUUAGUUAUUAAUCAAUAACCACGCUUGCAACACACCGCAAAGAAAUCGCGCAUAAAGCUCUUGAAGACACCAGCUGCCAUUGCGAAAAUAAGUAAAAAGCCCCGAAGGCGAAGGAGAAGGGGAAAGCUGGUCACGAGAUUAUGAACUCCUGCCAAAAGGCAAAAACCGACUUCAGCACGUUCUUUGGCACCCAGGAAUGUGACCGUGGUUCAGCUUUCGGCGGCGACUUCGACCUUAGCCCCUGCUUCACCCACUACGGUUGUCCCAACGAGAUGAGCGAUUUGCCUGGUGUUGGACGUGCAGGCGCCAAGGGCGGCACAGCAAGCAGAAUUCCCCGCUGUGCGCCGUCCCAACGGCAACGACAAACAGCGACGACCAUGGCCCGUUCCCCAAGACCCAAGUCCUCCUUUCGGCCGGUGUUCCACGAAAGGACCACGGAAGAAGACGACUCCAUACUCACCCAGCAGCUGUGGAAGCUCGCAAGAAAGACGGGCAAUCUGAAUCUGUCCAACAAGGCAUUGGCCAGCGUGCCCGAACGCCUGUAUGACAUCAACGAGGCGGAUGCGGAUAGCAAAGCAGUUAACCUGGAGCAGCUAAGCAUCAAGGAGGAGGAUGCCUGGUGGAAUCAAGUGCCAUUAACAAACUUGGACCUAAGCUCUAAUACUCUGACGCACUUAUCGCCCAAGAUCGCGAACCUGCAGCAUUCGCUUACCGUGCUUACGUUGCACGAUAAUGCUCUGGUGGAGCUGCCGUCAGAGAUCGGCAAGCUAGAGAAGCUCAUGCGCCUGAAUGUGAGCCACAACAAGCUCAAGCAGCUGCCUCGUGAGACCUAUAGUUUGCCGGAGCUGCGGCACCUCAACAUCUCCUACAAUGAGUUUAACGAACUCGAUCCGGACAUUAGUGACCUGCACAUGCUCGAGUUUUUGGAUGCCGGUCAUAAUAAUAUCCAAUCUCUGCCCGGUGGCAUUGGGUUUCUGGUACGUCUAACAGCACUCCUGUUGCCCCAUAACCACAUCAAGGAGCUGCCGCCCGAUCUUGUUAAUAUGCGAUCAUUACAAAAGCUGGAUUUAAUGCAAAACGAUCUGACCUGCUUACCAGAGGAUAUGGGAUUGUUGAGAAAGCUGGAGUGCCUUUAUCUGCAGCACAACGACAUAUUGGAGCUGCCGAAUUUCGAGGGCAAUGAGGCCUUGAGCGAGCUGCAUGCCAGCAAUAAUUUUAUAAUGACAGUACCAAAGGCUAUGUGCAGCAACUUGCCACAUUUGAAGAUCCUCGAUCUGCGGGACAACAAGAUCACCGAGCUGCCCGAUGAGCUUUGCUUGCUGCGCAACCUGAAUCGAUUGGAUGUAUCUAACAAUACGAUCAGCAUGCUGCCCGUCACCUUGUCCUCGCUGGCUCACCUUAUCAGUCUUCAGGUGGACGGCAAUCCCAUAAAGACGAUCCGACGCGACAUCAUACAGUGUGGAACCACACGGAUUUUAAAGACGCUCCACGAGCGAGCCCUGGCCAAGGCAAAGGAAGAUGGUUCCGAUAAUGCAGUCUCCAAUUCAGGAGCAGGAAUCAGUGUAACUCGUCUGAGUGGCGGACAAGCCGAGGAUUGUGAACUACCCAGCAACUAUCCCGAUAGCCGCAGCUAUCAGCAGCUGGCACAGCAGUUCCAAUACCAGCAUCAAUGUCCAUGUAUAUACCACCAGCAACGUCAAGGACGUGUAGCGCCUCACAGUUGUCUAUAUGGGCCGCAAACACAUUGCCAGGAGUAUAAUCGCCAAACUCAGGGAAACAUGUACAAGUCCGAGAGCUAUCACACUAACAUGGCCAGGGGUCCCUACCUACAACAACAGCAAAGUCAAGAGUGUCGCUAUCCAAAUGGUGUUAUGUACCAGCAACAGCAGUACCAGCAGCAGUUCACUUACGAACAGGCUGUGCAUCCACGUUGGGUGUACAAAUUACGUCAUACACGUACGUUAGCUGUCAACUUGGAGGAACUAACUGAAGUUCCCGAACAGGUUUUUCAAAUUGCCAGGAAUGAAGGUGUGCAUGUUGUUGACUUUGCGCGCAAUCAGCUGAGCACUUUGCCCAAUGGGUUGCAGCAUAUGCAUGAUUUGGUUACAGAACUGGUGUUAUCCCACAAUCUCAUCGGUUAUGUGCCAAAGUUUAUAUCGCAGUUCACACGCAUUACGUUCCUGAAUCUGUCCAAUAAUCUGUUGAGUGAUCUGCCCAUGGAAUUCGGUGUCCUAAACACUCUACGUGAACUAAACAUUGCCAAUAAUCGUUUUCAGUUCAUUCCCAAUAGUGUGUUUGAGCUGCAAGGUCUGGAGAUUUUUAUUGCGAGUGAAAAUCACAUCAAGACGUUGAAUGUGUCCGGAUUGAAGAGCAUGCCGCGCUUGAGCACUCUGGAUUUACGCAAUAACGACAUCGAUUCAAUACCGCCCACACUGGGGAAUCUGACCAACAUAACUCAUUUGGAACUGGUGGGAAAUCCGUUCCGACAGCCCCGCCAUCAAAUACUAAUGAAGGGCACCGACGCCAUCAUGUCAUAUCUGCGAGAUCGCAUACCCACGUAGAAGACCAGCAGCCAAAGCAAAUUAAAUUUUACACCUUUUUUUAAGCAACACUUUUCACUAGCAGCAAUAUUUGUUUAUUUUGUCGGAAAGCCUUGCCGAAAUCUGUUGUAGUUUUGCUCGACCACGCCCACACUUGGCCCACCCCUGAAUACGGGAUCGGCUAGGUUUGGACAUGGACGAGUGUGAACGACGAGCAUGUUAUCUUUGAACGUAAGACACACCCUGUACCUUAUCCAGCAACUGAACUAGUCAGCGACACACCCUUUAUAUAUCUGGCUGAGAAUCUGUAAUAAACCGUACUAAGACAACA